UUAUUUUCAGAAUUGCCAUUUCUUUAGGGCGGAAGAAAAAUGUCACACGAUGAAUCUCUUUUAUACAUUCUCCAACUUUCUGAUAGUGGGUUUCCAACUGGCGGUUUUUCCCACAGUGGAGGUUUGGAAGCAGCUUUGAAAGUAAACUACAUUUCUGAAAAAGAUUCAUUGAAGACUUACUUCAACUCUUGUCUUGAAAAUAUUGGUUCGUUUAUGGUUCCAUUUAUGCGAGAUGCCUACCGCCUGUAUGGAGAAAUGGAAUCACUGGUGAGACUGGACCGACUGUGUGAGGCAUGCACACCCAAUCAUGUAGCCAGGAGGGCAAGCUCAAGACAGGGCAGCUCUCUAUUGGACACAAGCCAGAGGGUGUUUUCCGUGUCCAGCCUGGUUGAAGUGGGAGAUAAUCUGCCAUGCAAGCACCUGCCAGUUGUGUAUGGAGUUGUGUGUGCCUCCCUUGGUGUUGACAUCCACACAGCCACUGUUGCCUUCAUCUUCACUGGCAUUCGCACCAUGGUUGCCAGCUCUGUCAGGCUCGACCUGUUGGGACCUAUUGAGGCUCAAGCUGUACAGCGUGAGCUGCAGAAGGAGAUACCUGCAGUUAUUGAAAGGCACAAACAAAGAAGCAGUGAGGAUGCUUGUAUGCUUUUUCCCCAGGCAGAUAUCUGUCAAAACACGCAUGACACCAUGUUCACCAAACUGUUCUACUCAUGAACCCACUAUUCCUCUUAUAAACUGAUAUCUGGCUACAUUCUCUUCAUUGAGCAACAUUUGGCUAACCUACUUAUGGACUUAAAUCUUACUAUUCUACCAGGGGUAUUCUGUCAGAACUUAAAGCUGGCUGUUUUUGUCAUAUUGAUUAAAUAGCAUCUGGUUAAUCAUUGCAUGCCUUUAGCUGACUAUUCUGCUUAUGAACUGAAAUCUGGUCAUUAUAUAUAUAUAUAUUCAAUUCAGCAAACUGAAACAUGUUUGGAUUGAUAUUAUACAAGGGAGAACAAUAAAAGCAGUACACUUCAUUGUGAAAUAUAUCUAGAUCAUAAUAUGACUGCCCAUAUAUAUAUAUUUCACAAUGAAGUGUACUGCUUUUAUUGUUCUCCCUUGUAAAUAUAUCAAUCCAAACAUGUUUAAGUUUGCUGAAUUGAAUAUCAAACAAAAUUGUUAUUAACUUACCGGUAGCUAUGUUCUCAUUUAUGCUUUAUAAUUACGGGAAUAGCAUGUAAAUUAUAAUACUUAAUUACAUCAUAACAAUUGUCAGAUAUUAUAUUAUUUUCAUAAAUGUUUUUUCUUGUAUUAUUUGUUUGACACUGUUAGUUGCUCUUAGUUUCUGUUGCUAGGUGUAGAUUAUACAAGUAUGCACAUUUAUCAUCUACAUUAGUUUUGUUGACUGUCAGAUAUAUAUGAGUUUAGCAUGCUUCUUGUGUUCACCAUUUACUUACAUUGUUUGAAUUUGGGCUGGAAUCAAGCUGUUUAAUAAAUGAGAUGUGAUUUCUCAGAACAUUUAUGUAACAGUGUUCAAGAAGAAGAUUAAUGUGAAAUGAAAAGGCAGCAUUAUGAUCUGACCAUUUAUACCUCAAGUGUUUGUAACUCACUCCGUUAAUGAUAUAUAGAGACACAAUCGUUGGUGACGAAAGUAGGCAGAAUUUCAAUUUAAAGAACAUGAUUGCUGAUAUAUUUCAUAUACAUGUAUGUACCUACAAUAAUUAAUUGAUAAAACAUUAUGACUACUGUAUGAGGAUAACUAAUUGCCCGUAUGCUUAGUUAUAAUCUUACUUGAUUGAUAUGUUCUUUAAUAAAAACAAUUUCUGGGUGAGUACCUAAAUCGGAGCCCUAUUUUUUAAAUAUUUUUAGUAAGACUUGCACCACAACUACAAAAUUUUCCAUCAGCAUACUAGGAUUCAAGACCAAUGAGUUGAUAUAAAUGGGAUUUUUUAAGAUACUACCAAUCUGCAUAAAGAGUAAUUUGGUUUAGUAAAUUAAUAAUUUAUUUUAUUUCCAGCUUGUUUUUUGUCAGUAAAAUUUGAUGAUAUAAUUUAAAAAGUUCAUACUGUACCAGUAUGCUGUGAUUGUGGCAAGCAUGAACAUUUUUCCCCGUGUGCCAUGUAUUGACAUUUGAACAUGAAAAAGUUUGAAUGAUAGCAGCAUUUGAAAUACCUACCGGAGUAUUGUUUUCUUUGGAACAUGUAUCUUAGGCAAAUGUCUUUAUUGAUUAAAAUCAUAAAUAAACCUAUCACAAUCGGAAAAACGCUUUUAUAACAGGUCUUCCAUAUUGAGGUACUGUUCAGAUUUAGGUACUCGCCCAGUAUAUAUAAUUAAAAACAUGUUUAUCAAAACUAUUUUUUAAUAAACUUUUAUAUAUUUUUACAAAAUGUAUGAUAAUAUAUUGGACUAGAGUAUUUUUAAAUAUUAACGACUUAUAAUCUCAUAAAGGUUGGAAGUUAAAUAGA